AGAGCGGGAGGAAGAGCAGCACGAGUGUUGAGAAUCGUCAGCCAGAGAAGAGAAAGGGAGAGAGAGGGGGAGAGAAUGUAUGGUGAAAGGCUAACGCUUCCUUGCUUGUAUUCAGGGCCUUUGUGAAUAAACCAUGGGAUGUAUCGGCUCCCGAACUAUCACAGCAGAUGGCGUUCCUGUGCAGAAGGAUGGGGAACAGCAUGGCCGAACAGACUUUUCAUGGGAUGAAAGCAAUCUGUCCAUGGAGGACACAACCUCCAUCCUCCCUCGACUGAAGAAGAGGAACUCCAACGCCUAUGGAAUCGGUGCUCUGGCUAAGUCCUCUCUGACAGGUGUGUCAGGAGUGUCUCGGUCUAUGAAGGAUAAGGUGACAAAGCCGACAGCGAUGGCCCAGGGACGCGUGGCUCAUAUGAUUGAGUGGCAGAGCUGGGGCAUGCAGACGGUGGGCGUGGGGGGCAUGGGAGCGGGACGCACCUCCAGUCUGCACCUCCAACACGAGCGCAAGCUGGAAAAUGACGCAUACAGUGAUCUAAGCGACGGAGAGAAAGAGGCUCGCUUCGCUGCAGGUGUGCUUCAGCAGUUUGCGAUCUCUGAGGCGACUCUGUUGGCCUGGAGCUCUAUGGAUGGAGAGAGCACAAGCGUUGGAUCUAACCAGGGGAGCGUAGCCCACCUAAGUGAAGCCAACCAGGAGAGCAUCACCAGCCGAGACCAGAUUGUGCACCAUUCCUCUGCAGAGGUGUGGCCUCACAAUUACAUCUCCCAAGGUCUUUACUGCCUUUCUUCCUCUGAUGCCUGGGAGCCCAUCUGUAAUGAGCAGUCAGGUGUGGCCUCUCCUGCUGCUGGCUCUUAUGUCAUGGCGGUGGGGACUGAGGGUGGAUAUGACCCAAAUGCAGCGGCACACUUGCUGUCCCAGCAGCAGCAGCAGCAGCAGUAUCAGAGCCAGUUACAGCAGUUCCAGCACCUGCACCAGAUCCAGCAAUACCAGCAACAACAGCUCCUGCAGUAUCAACAGCAACAGAUAAUGGAACAAAGACAUCAGAGUGCCACUCAUUCUUUACAAGCUACUCCAAACAGCACAUUCCAUAGUCUGCCUCCUCGUACUCACCCGCCAUUGGUGGAUCUGUGGGGGCAAACAGAGACCUGUCAGGCAGAUAUCAUGGUUGGCUACAUGGGCAUGCCUGUUGGUGUAGAGGGAAAUCUAGCAGUAGCCCCCACAGAGGAGGUGACGACAGACCACUCACCUUUACUGGAAGCCCAGGAGGAGGAAGAGAUCAAGGAGAAAGAGGUAACGUUUUGUAUGGAACCAGAACCAGUGACAUUAAUUCCAUCCCCAGUGACACAGAGAGAGGAAGUGACCUCAACAGGAGGAAGCAGUCCAGGUCAAGCCUCUGGAGAACCAAUCACAGAGCGAAAGGCUUCUGAUGUCUCACCAUGUGUAAUUGAGGAGCUGGAAGAGAAGGAGGAGGAGUCAGAAUCCUCAUCUGUUGAUGUCACGGCAGCCAACUAAAUGACAGGAGUGAGACUAGGGCUGGUUUUGGCAGAUAUUUCAAUCAGCAAAAUCAAACAACAUCAACUCCUUUUUCAGGAAUCAAAUACCAUUGUGACAGAAUUUAAUUGACUGUUCAAACCCAAAAUGGAAACCAGAACUGCUUACCUGAACGAUCUUAUUUUUUGUAAGCCUUAUAUUAUGGAUGUUUGAAAGAGGAAGACAGAAAAUGGGAGUAGGAAAUCCUUGGAAGGGGGGAGGAGGUGAGAAUGCUGAAAAAUCUGACAGAAAUGGAGCAAUAGAGAUGGAGGAAUAUGGAAUUCGGGAAGACAAAUGUGAAGUACAUUCUGAUAAAUAUGUGCAUGCUUUUGCAAGGAGUGGUGACACUCUUUACUUAAAAAAAUAAAUAAAAGACAAUAAACCAUAGUAAUAAACCAUUAUGAUAAUAACAUGAUUAUUUUCUAAGAAACUACAAACAACUUAAUAUAUAAUUGUAAAAUAAACUAGUUUUUUUCAAGCCAUGCCCGCAGAUCACGCCCCCUUCCGGUCCCACACAGAUACUUACUGUGAGAGAUCAAUUAUGAGAGAUCAUUUUUAAUUUUUAAGUUUAGGUAAGACUUGUUUUCAAAGAAUAUAUCUUGAAUUCAGUUUAUUUUUCGGCCCCCAUUUUCUUUCCAAAUUUUGUUAGAUUUAUGUUUAAAGCACAAAAAAAACUGUUUGCCAAUAGGGUAAGAACUUAAUUCAAGAUUUAUUCUCUAAAAACCUAAUAAGUCCUAAUAUCUUAUAUAGUUGUGCUUUUCUAGUAAAUAUAUCUUGUUUUUACUGGAAAACCAGACAAAACAAAUAUUUUUGGCAGUGCAGUGAGAUUUGACAAAGUCUCUUCUUCAGUGAUCACCCCUUCCAGCACACAAAUACAUACACUCCUUUAUCUUUAAUGGCCCAUGUUUAAAACUGGCCUUGAUUGGUAUUAUCCUCUAAGUUAAAUCAUGUGUUUCAGCAUGGAGGACGAGUAGGUGAAAGGGGGUGGGACCGCCACUGCAUACAGUCCCAGACAUGCAAAUACACAGACAUGCACAAACCCUUAUACAUGUGAGGACCUUCCUUAGACUAUUGUUCUAAAUUACACUAAUUAUAAUUACUACACUCUAACCCUACCCAGCUUUCGGCAUUUUCCAUUCACAUUUUGACAUGAUUGGCCUAUUUAUUAAAGGUGCACUCAACAAUUUGUUUCCUCUAUAAAAAGUGUUUCCCUUAAAGUGCACGAUAGUUCUUUGAGAUGUUGAGAUCACACAUGUUGAGAUCCUACUUUUAUCUCGAUAACUCUCCUAUUAUCGCUCACAGAAUAAUGAAAUGAUGGCUGACUGUGAAUUGUGCAUUUCCACGAUCGGUAACCAAAACCUAUUUUUUAUGUGAUGCUGCAUCCACACCACUAGGUGUCAGUCAAGUUCAUAUAGGCCAUCUUAACAUAGACAAAAAUUUCUGAGUGCACCUUUAACUUAUUGGCUAUGUCUCGUUUGGAAGGAUGCGUCCUCCGGAGGUCGCACUUGUCGGCUGCAUUUGUCGGCCGCAUACGUCAUCGAGGCUG